UGGGAGGAACGAUAUGACCCUGCAUCGGGUCGCGCAUACUUUGUAAAUCACAACACGGAAACUACAACCUGGGAGCACCCAAGCCCUUUACCAGAUGGUUGGGAGGCUCGAGCAACGUCAGACGGGAGAGCCUAUUACGUAAAUCAUAACACCAAGACGACUAGCUGGGACGACCCG